ACAAGAGUUGUUUGUGAUUCGUGAGCUGCACCUGCACCUGCACCUCUUUUCUCUCUCGACAAUCCCGAAUCAGAGGUAGCAAUAGUGCAAGUGCUAUUUCUCAGUGCGUGAUUGACUGUACGGCGACUGUUUUGCUUUGUAAUUGAUGGAGGCCAAAUUUUUUCGCUUUCUCAAGAUUGUGGGUGUUGGAUACAAAGCCAGAGCCGAAGCUGCGGGUCGUCUUUUGUAUCUCAAAUUGGGGUACAGUCAUGAGGUGGAAUUAGCUGUUCCUCCUGCUGUCCGUGUUUUCUGCUUCAAAAACAAUGUAAUUUGUUGUACUGGCAUUGACAAGCAAAGGGUGCACCAGUUUGCGGCUACCGUUCGGACUUGUAAACCACCUGAAGUUUACAAAGGCAAGGGCAUAAUGUAUGCUGAUGAAGUUAUCAAGAAAAAACAAGGAAAGAAGUCUAAAUAAUCAUAUAAUCUUUAGUUGAUUUCAUCAAAUCUGGAACUCAUGUACAUUGGCCAGACCUUUUCUGCAGAAUGAUUCAGUCUAGAGUCUAGCCUUCAAACAAUUUCAAUGUUGGAAUCCUUGAACUGAGCAUUAUGGAUAAUCAAGUCUUGGCCUUGAAACAACAAUAAUUUCUUGCUUCAGUAUGAUUGAUUUGUAUCUUUUAGAGUUCGCCUUACUUUGUUGAGAUAUUUUAUCUUAGGCAUUUAAUAUUGUGUUAAAACUUAAAACUCUCAUUUUCCUUGCCACUCUAGUAUGUCCCUUAUGGGGGUGGGGAUC